GACUUUUUUUGGGUCACCUGAUAGAGGGGAUCUGAGCCAGCAGGGCCCAAUGAGAGCAUCCUGUUAAUAUUAGUCAUCAGUCAACAUAAGCAUCUGACUAUCCUCCGUAUGCCCAAGCCUUAUGAAGGGAAACAAUUUGUUGUAAAUGACUUUUGAUUAUUUCUCUUAUAUAUGUAUUGUAACAAUAUUAUAGUACUUACAUAUAUGUGUAUAUGCAUAUACCCAUAUGUACAGAAGGCUUUAUUUUUUAGAGUGGUUUUAGGUUCAAAGCAAAAUUGGGUAGAAAUUACAGAGGUUUCCCAUAUAUCCCCUGAUCCACAUAUGCAUAGCCUCCCACAUUAUCAGCAUUCCUCUCAGAGUAGUAUAUUUGUUAUAAUUGGUGAACCUCCACUGACACUCAUUGUCACCCCAAGUCUCUAGGGUUCAUUCUUGGUGUAACACCAUAGAAUGUAUCUUGUACUUUCUGCUUGUUGGAACAAGUGGAUCAUGGCACGUAUCCACCGUUAUACACAGAGUAGUUUCACUGCCCUAAAAAUCCUCUGUGUUCUGCCUGUCUUCCCUUUGUCCCCUCUAACCCUGGCAACCUUUUUUCUGUCUCCAUAGUUUUACCUUUUACCGUUUAUAUCAUAUAGUUGAAAUCAUACAGGUUGUAGCCUUUUCAGAUUGACUUCUUUCACUUAGUAAUGCAGAUUUAAGUUUCCUCCAUGUCUUUUCAUGGCUUGAUAUUGCACUUCUUUUUAGCGCCAAAUUAUGUUCCAUUGUCUGGAGGUUUAUUUAUUCACCUACUGAAGGACUGUCGGAUGCUUCCAAGUUUUGGCAAUUAUAAGGAAAGCUGCUAUAAAUAUCUGUGCAGGCUUUUUGUGUGGACAUAACUGAAAUAUUUUUAAUGUUAUAUUUAUUGAGGUAUAAUUUACAUUGAGUAAUAUUCACACUUUUUAGUGUAGAGCUCUGAGUUUUGACAAUUGUAUCUAAUCAUGAAAUCAACAUUACAAUCAAGAGAAAGAACUGCUCUAAUUUCUUUCUUAUCAUAUAUAUGCAUGAAAUGUGGACUGGCCUUCAUUCAGAAGGCACAUUUGAUUGCAUAUCAAAUAAUUCAUACUGCAGAAAAACCUUAUAAAUGUGGUCACUGUGGGAAAUUGUUUACUUCCAAGUCACAACUCCAUUUUUCAUAAAUGAAUUCACACAGGAGAAAAACCCUACAUGUGCAAUAAAUGUGGGAAGGCAUUCACCAACCGGUCAAAUCUCAUUACACAUCAGAAAACUCAUACAGGAGAGAAAUCUUAUAUAUGUUCCAAAUGUGGAAAGGCCUUCACCCAGAGGUCAGACUUGAUUACACAUCAGAGAAUCCAUACUGGGGAGAAGCCUUAUGAAUGCAGUACUUGUGGAAAAGCCUUCACUCAGAAGUCACACCUCAAUAUACACCAGAAAAUUCAUACUGGAGAGAGACAGUAUGAAUGCCACGAAUGUGGGAAAGCCUUCAACCGGAAAUCAAUACUCAUUGUUCAUCAGAAAAUUCAUACAGGAGAGAAACCCUAUGUAUGCACUGAGUGUGGAAGAGCUUUCAUCCGCAAGUCAAACUUUGUUACUCAUCAAAGAAUUCAUACUGGAGAGAGGCCUUAUGAAUGCAGUGACUGUGGGAAGUCCUUUACCUCUAAGUCUCAGCUCCUGGUGCAUCAGCCAAUUCACACAGGAGAGAAACCCUAUGUGUGUGCCAAGUGUGGGAAGGCCUUUAGUGGCAGGUCAAAUCUCAGUAAGCACCAGAAAACUCAUACGGGAGAAAAGCCCUACAUCUGUUCUGAAUGUGGGAAGACCUUUCGACAGAAGUCAGAGUUGAUUACACAUCAUAGAAUUCAUACUGGAGAGAAACUGUAUGAGUGAAAGAGACUUUUUAGUCCCUUUUCCCACUCCCAGACCUUGGCAAUCACCAGUCUGUCUCUAUAGUUCUGCCUUUUCCAUAAUAUUGUAUAAGUGGAGUCACUGUGUGUGUGUGUGUGUGUGUGUGUGUUUUGUAUGUGUAUAUAUAUCUCCUUUUGAGUCGGAGUGCUUUCAUUUAACGUGAUGUGUUUGAGAUUCAUCCAUAUGGUUAUAUGAAAACAAAUGGAAAAUAAGGUGAUGAAAAGAUGCUCAACAUCUUUAAUUAUCAGGAAAAUCCAAAUUAAACCGCAAUGAGAUACUGCUAUAGAAUGGGCUUUUAGAAUGGCUAAAAAUGAAAAUGUACCAUACAUUGGCGAGAAUACAGACUGAUGGAAAUUUCCCUGCGUUGCUUGUAGGAAUAUAAAAUGGUCUGUCCACUCUGCACAAAAGUUUGGCAGCUUCUUACACUAUUAACCAUACAUUGAUCAUAUGACUCAGCAACCCCACACUUAGGUGUUUACCUUAGAUGAAAUAAAAAUUCUGUUUACAUGAAAACCUACACUCCAAUGUUCACAGCAAUUGUAUAAUUGCCAAAAUGAGGAAACAACACAAAUGUACAUCAGUGGAUGAGAGAUUAAACACAUUGUGUGCACCGAUUCUAUGGAGGGCUGCUCAGAUAUAAAAAAUGGUUUAUUGACACCUGCUACAACAUGGAUGAAUCUCAAAAGUACUGUUAUAUUUUACCAUGUGAUAACUUGAAUUACAUUUGAUAAAAGAUUUAUAAAUGUAAAUAACUAGAUUUAUAUAUUUUAAUUUUAUAUGCACCUGUCAUCACAUACUAUAGGAAAUUGUGUCUACAGUAUGUUAUAUAGCAUAUUGUACUAUUUAUUACUGUAUAUUCCUUCAAUAAAAUAGUUUGUAUUUUAUAGAAUAGUA